AUAGAGGAGCAAAUUCAUAUCUUAUGUUGGUUUUAUAUGUAAUCUGUGGAGGCCUUUGAUAUUAUCUGUGUCUGUGGUUUGGUUAUGAACGUGACAGUUGGAUUCUGUAUAUGGCCGUAAGUUGCUGUGUGUCUGGAUAAAUUGUUUUCUGAAUUAUAGAUCUCGUUCCCUACUGUCUGAUUAUGAUUUGGAUGUGCGCUGUAAUGAAUUUAUAAGCCUCGAUGUUUAAAACUGAUAAAAAUGCGUCUGCUUCGUGGUUACACAAAUGUGCUACUCGUACUCACAUUAUGCCUUGCGAUACAGUGUGUCUUUAGCAGUGGUGAUGUCACCAAAAAGGAGAAGAUAGGUGUUAAGGAUAACGAACCAGUUGCACAACAGGACAAUCAGGUUAGAACUUCAGCAGCACAAAGUGUGCCAAAUGAAAAUACAGUUUCGCCUCUUAAAGAUGGAGACGCGACGAAUACCGGAAUUGGUGGAGUGUCAAGGCAACUUAAUUCAUCUCAAGAGACUGUGCAACCUUCCCAUAAAAUGAUCAGUACUGGUGCCUUUGUGAGGGCAUUUUAUGUAUUCGUUGGUUUAUGCGCCAUUGUAGUUAUGUACAUCGUUGUAAGAACUGUAAGACUGAAUCGCAAGAAGACUUCUGUGAGGAAGUAUGGGAUAUUGACGAACCGAGAGGACGUCGAGAUGACCCCACUGGGAGCGGGGGAUGAAGAAGAAGAUGCAACUUUGUUUGACAUGACUUUGCACAAAUCUCGGCCUUGACAGCAACUUUUAAAUUUGCGCACACUGACACAAAUUGGACUUUGUAACUCAGGUAUUCCGUUCGUGCUUCGAUAUUCAGAAUUGAGGAACUUGUCGCAUUUGUGUCUGAGCAGACAUUCUGAAAAAGCUGUUUCUGAGCCUAAUACCUUAUGGUUGUUUGGUUUAAUUUUAUAUGUUUUAAUGUUGUUAACACUUAGUUAAAUUAAUCUGUAUUCAUUGAUAUUUAAAGGCGUCGUUGCAAGUGCGUUGUGUACAUAACCGGUCGUAACGGGAGCGUCUUCAUGUUGGUAACAUUUCUUGCCCCCAGCUGUUUAGAUUUUUGAGCAGCUGUGGGGCUUUUAGUGUAAUGCCUGAAAUUGUCCAGAAGUGAUUACGCACAUUUUUAUCAACCUUCAUUUUUUACUCAUUUGCAUUUGGCAGCAGUGUAACAGCGAAAUAACUUACGAUAAACCCGUAUAAUCCACGGAAGUCUCCUGAAAGAAGGAGAAUGUUUGAAUGUACGCUUUAUUUUUUAAGACUGUGUGGUAUUUGUAAAAUUUGAACACAGGAGAGCGUGAAAUGCGGACGGGUAUUCACAUUCUGAUUUGAUUUUUGGUUAUGAUUAACGUAAAUGAUCUUCCAAAGUCAAGACGAGGCUUUCUUAAGAAAUGUUUCCAUUUUGGUCCUGUACAAAGUGUUUUGUGUACGAAUAUAACACUGUGUGAAUAAAUGCUGUGUGCGCAUGUGGAAAAUUUAGCUGAAUGCAUGUGAAGUCACUUUUGAUCAUAAUGAUUGUUUACAAUUAGCUAAUUCUGUAGCGGAUGUUUAUCAGAGUAACCCAAAAUCCAUUCAUGUAACUCAUUUUUCGUGUUUAUCCCAGUAACAGAAAUAAAUCUGCCUGCGGAA